CCGUUCGACGUUACAGCGCAAGCCACAAAUGCACAAUCACAAGUCGCAACGAGUGCAGUCGGACCUGUUUCGCUGUAGACGUGUCGUUUAGAAAACAUUUCAUCGAAACGAGUACAAACUAUUCGUAAACGUCUAGAAGAGAGUAAAGAAUAAAAAUGGAUGGAUUAGUGCAGUCGGUAGUGUACGACACGUCGUCUCCAGCAAACAUUUAUUCUGCAACGGUAAUGCAAAAGGUCGACGGCGACCAAAAGAUUGUUAUGAUCGCAUCAAAAAAAGACAUGAUCACUCUGGAGUCGAAAAUAAUAGACGACAAGGUCGAAACUUCUAUCGUGGAACUCAAUUUUUCAAAUAUUCCAAAUAAUGCAGAGAUCAUUUCUAUACACUGCAUAAACAGAUGUAAGGAAUAUGAUGAUUUUGUUUUCGGAAUAACAUAUGCAUUGAUUGUAGAAGAUGAAGAGCCUGAAACGGCUGAAACAUACUUAAACAUAUACUCAGGAUUUCCUGGUUCAUCAUUAGAGGCUAUAAUGGAAAGUUGUAAAACGCUUAAAUUGGAUUUUGUCCCAUUUCAAUUGAACCAUGCCAUUUAUAUGUCAGAAUUGCAAAAAAAUGGCAUGUGGUUGUUAUCAGGAAGUGAUAAAAAAAUACACGCUUAUAAGAUUGAAGAACAAGAAAUUCUUGAACAAAAAGUUGAAGAAUAUUUUAUUGAAUUUGAAGAUACAAAAGACUCCAUUGUUCUAUGUUUUGGUACAAAAUCAUUUAGCAACUACAAAAAAAGAUUAUCGUAUUAUGGAUGUGAAACAGGAUAUUCAAUGUUAGCAAUAGUAGAUUCAGGAAAAAAUCAGAUACUGCAUUGCUUUUUAGAACGUUAUGAGUCGCCAAUAACAGUCAUGCAAUUGUUCAACAUACAUAAAAAAACUGUUGACAUUGACAACAUUCUCUCAGCAGUCAAAGAUGAUUUCAUACCAGAUUGUGACACUGUAGAUGAAAAAGAACAAGUCUGUUUACUAGUAGGGAGUGCAGUUGAAAGUGCUGUUGUAUAUAUGAAUGUGUUGAAAAACGAUUUAAGAAAUGCAAUAACAUUGACCGAUAGUAAUAGACACCAAGCUAUUGUGUGCGCUUUAAUCACAGAUGUAAAUUUUGAUUCCAAGAAUGAAAUACUACUUGGGACUUAUGGAAAUUAUAUUUUAAAUUAUGUCUACGAAAAUAACAACUGGGUGGAACAACAACAAUUUGAUAUGAGAGACCCGGUAUAUACAAUUUGUUAUUUAGAUAUAGUUGGUGAAGGAGUCAAUGAUGUAGUUGUAAUGAGUGAAAGAGGAAUACAUAUUUUAAAACAUGAACCUAGGUAUAUAGUCGAAGUACUAAAAAAUCGUUUAAAACUAUAGAAAGUUGAAGAAAACUGAAGCUAUUACGUGAAUUAGCUUAAUGGUGAAUUUAAGAUGAUAAAUAAAUGUUUGUGUUCAUAAAUUGGUGAAUAUUUACUUUUUUUUGAAUACACUCAAUAUUAUCAUGAUCACUUUAAAAUGUAUUUACAGUUAUAUUAAAUUGUAUUUGUGAAUCAAAAAUGCUUCAGAAGCUGCCACAUCUUCAUGUUAUUUAUUUUUAUAUAUCUUGUUUUUACAAUAAUAUUUGAUAUCUCCAAAUUAGCUAUAAUUUCAAAUCAUCAAUUUAUAAUGUAAAAUAUAAGGUUUCAUAGAAUAUAAAUUUUCUAUACUAAAUUAAUUUUUAGUAUAGUAUAAAAAUGAAGAUAAAUGGUAGAUAUAGCUGAGAAAUUCAUAAAUUAAAAAAUUAUUUUAUAUUAUAAACAGAAAUGUCUUAAAACAUAAUCAAUAUACUUAUAAAGUUAUAACUUAAGUCUUAAGUAGCCUUUAAACAUUAUGUACUAUGUAAUAUGUUUUAUAAAUGGUUACAUAAGUUAUCUUUCUCUGUGUUGGAAAGUAUAUUAUAACAUAUAUAACAUAUUAGUAUAUUAUAACAUCAUGGUUCUGUUCUAAACCAACGUUUCUAAAAUUUUAAAUAAGCCAAAAGUAUGUUGUUGAUGUAUCAAUAAACAUCAAUAUUUUUAUCAUUAUUUUUUUUGUUACUAAGGGGUUACCUAUUAACAUUUAAAUCGCUUGCAAUAGAAAUGCCAUAAAAUCUGCUGAAAAUCUUCACUCAGAGUCAUUUUUUUAUGCAAUGAUUUAUCAUUGAAUUUAAAUUUAACACAUACAUUACAGUGACUUACUCAAUGAUGAGACAUACCUGACACCUACUGUACCGGAAACAUGUUAGGUACUACUUUCUCGGAGCAUAGAGUUAAUUGAUCCAUAUACUAGUAAAAUAGUAAAUAAAUCUAUGUAGAUAGGUACAUAAUAUUACAAGUUAUAACAGUAUAACACAAUAUAUUAUAGACUAUACAAUAUACAUAUUAUAAUAUUCUAUCAAUAUUAGCUCUUCAGCAUUAUGUAAUAUUAUAUAUUUAUAAAAUAUGUAACAAAACCCUUUGCAUAACACAGGAUUAAUCAAUCGCCUUUAGAGAUAGCAUCAGACAUAUUUAUUUUGAUGAGCAAGUAUUUAAUACUAAAUUCAAUACAUAAAAAUUAGGUAAU